CCUCCCGGCUCUCUGCCCCACCCGGCUCAGACGGCUCCGGACUGGACCGCGAGCACAGGCCGAUCCGCGGGCGCCUUGAAUCCCCGCGGGACCCCCGCCCAGCUCGCCCGCCCGGUCCAGCCGCCUGCGCGCCCCAUCGGUAGCUCUCCCCCUGUGCAUCUCCAUCAGCGAGCUCAGCAGGCAGUGUGCGGCCAUCAUGUUCAGCUGGCUGAAGCGGGGCGGGGCUCGGGGCCAGCAGCCCGAGGCCAUCCGCACGGUGACCUCAGCCCUCAAGGAGCUGUACCGUGAAAAGCUGCUGCCUCUCGAGGAGCACUACCGCUUCGGGGCCUUCCAUUCACCAGCGCUGGAGGAUGCUGACUUUGACGGCAAGCCCAUGGUGCUGGUGGCCGGCCAGUACAGCACGGGCAAGACCAGCUUCAUCCAGUACCUGCUGGAGCAGGAGGUGCCCGGCUCCCGGGUGGGGCCCGAGCCCACCACCGACUGCUUCGUGGCCGUCAUGCAUGGUGACACCGAGGGCACCGUGCCUGGCAACGCCCUCGUCGUUGACCCAGACAAGCCCUUCCGCAAACUCAACCCCUUUGGGAACACCUUCCUCAACAGGUUCAUGUGCGCCCAGCUCCCCAAUCAGGUCCUGGAGAGCAUUAGUAUCAUCGACACCCCAGGCAUCCUGUCGGGGGCCAAACAGAGAGUGAGCCGCGGCUACGACUUCCCGGCAGUGCUGCGCUGGUUCGCCGAGCGCGUGGACCUCAUCAUCCUGCUCUUCGAUGCUCACAAGCUGGAGAUCUCAGACGAGUUCUCGGAGGCCAUCGGCGCCCUGCGAGGCCACGAGGACAAGAUCCGCGUGGUGCUCAACAAGGCCGACAUGGUGCAGACGCAGCAGCUGAUGCGCGUCUACGGGGCGCUCAUGUGGGCGCUGGGCAAGGUGGUGGGCACGCCCGAGGUGCUGCGCGUCUACAUCGGUUCCUUCUGGUCCCAGCCCCUCCUGGUACCCGACAACAGGAGCCUCUUCGAGCUGGAGGAGCAGGACCUCUUCCGCGACAUCCAGGGCCUGCCGCGCCAUGCCGCACUGCGCAAGCUCAAUGAUCUGGUGAAGAGGGCCCGGCUGGUGCGGGUUCACACCUACAUCAUCAGCUACCUGAAGAAGGAGAUGCCCUCCGUGUUUGGGAAGGAGAACAAGAAAAAGCAGCUGAUCCUCAAGUUGCCCGUCAUCUUUGCCAAGAUUCAGCUGGAGCAUCACAUAUCUCCCGGCGACUUCCCGGACUGCCAGAAGAUGCAGGAGCUGCUGAUGGCUCACGACUUCACCAAGUUCCACUCGUUGAAGCCAAAGCUGCUGGAGGCGCUGGAUGAGAUGCUGACCCACAACAUCGCCAAGCUCAUGCCCCUGCUCCGGCAGGAGGAGCUGGAAAGCACGGAUGUGGGCGUGCAGGGGGGCGCUUUCGAGGGCACCCACAUGGGCCCCUUCGUGGAGCGGGGUCCUGACGAGGCCCUGGAGGACGGCGAGGAGGGCUCGGAUGAUGAGACUGAGUGGGUGGUGACCAAGGACAAGUCCAAAUAUGAUGAGAUCUUCUACAACCUGGCGCCGUCCGAUGGCAAGCUGAGCGGCACCAAGGCCAAGACCUGGAUGGUGGGUACCAAGCUCCCCAACUCUGUGCUGGGCCGCAUCUGGAAGCUGAGCGACGUUGACCGAGAUGGCAUGCUGGACGACGAGGAGUUCGCCCUGGCCAGCCACCUCAUCGAGGCCAAGCUCGAGGGCCACGGGCUGCCCACCAACCUGCCCCGCCGCCUCGUGCCACCUUCCAAGCGGCGCCAGAAGGGCUCCGCUGAGUGAGCCAGCCGCCGCCUGCCGGCCCCUCCCCCCUCUUGCCCUAGCCGUGGCUCCCCAGCUCCGGGUGGCUGCGCGCACAUCCCCACCCCGGCCCGCGCGCGCCCUGCCUGCCCGCUCUCCCAGCUGUAAGGAUGGGGGUCCCUCUGCCCCCCGCUGCCAGGCAGUGCGGACCAGGGGAGGGGCAAGGCUUCUCUGCCCACCCUUCACACCUCUACCCUCACGUACACUUAGCACAUCAUUCCGACACUAAUACACACACACACACACACACAGAAGCAUCCAUCCCUGCAUCAUUCAUUCAAAUAUUUGUUGAGCACCUACUAUGUUCAGGGCUCCUUCUAGGCACUGGGGAUUACAGCAGAGAGCAAAGCAGACACUCUCUAUGCCCUCGUGGAGCUGACAUUCUCAGGAGAGAGCACCUACAGAGUCACUCAAACACACAGAGACACGCACCCAGGCCUAACCCGUCUGAUCCCUGAUUCUGAGCAGGACCCCUCAUAAGUGAGCGGCCACUUGGUUGAAAUGACUAACGGAGGGGUCCCCUUGCCCUGCUUCCUCUUGCCCAGCCAGGCGGGGACCCUCCACCCCAUGGUGUCCUCAGGUCUUGGGACCACUGGGGGCUCAGGGGGGAGACACACCUCCUACUUCCUCAGCUGGACCCCUCUUAGCCCCUCCCCCCAGGUCCUGCCACACCCCUUUCUUUAAGAAGGAUCCUCUGCAGACCAAAAACCGCCUUCCAUCCCUGUUCCUCCCAGAUGGCGUCCACUCUGAGGCCUUUCUGUUCUCCACUCACCUGCCCUGGAUUGAAAGCCCAGCCUGCCCCCCCCCCACCUCAGGCUCCCCACAGCUGGUGGUCCGAAUUUUAGACUGCUGGGGCACAGCCUCUCGGCCCACCAUCAGUCCAUAUUUAAGUGGAGCCCCUGCCAGAUAGGCCCCAGGACGUUAUUUUAGUCCCCUUUUCAGGGACGUCGUGGGGGGAGGGGCUCUUGGUGCUACAACCCUCCCUCCCCUCCCCUAAAGGGAACUCUCACCCCCCUACACACACACCUUUUCCUGCCUUCACUACGUAUUAGUGCUUGACCCUGGUGGGGGACCACACGGAAAAGAUGGGGAAGAGCGGAACAGAUGGGGACGAUGCCCCCUCCAGGGUGCUCGCUGGGAUUCCCACGCCCGUCACCCCUCACCCCGUGCCUGGGAGGGGACUGUGAACGUAAUAGCGUUCCCACAGUGCAAAUAAAGCCAUGGCUUCUUUC